CCAAGUGAGUCUGAACUAUUGUCAUCUGGUAAAAUAUAUGUUAGCUCCUCAGCAAAUUUCCCUGGAUAAAUAUCUUGGUUCCUUCAAGGGAUGCCCAAGUGCUUUACAAGAAGACCCACAGAGCUCUUUUUCAGAGACACCGGUCAGAGCUCCUGAGAAGCCAGCAAUCCCUCCUCCCUCCCCACCUAGUCCGGAUCUCAGAAUCACCGGAGUGCCGAAGGCCAUCAGCGUGUGCACGCCGAGUCCCUGCGCCUGUCUCCAGCAGUGGGUGGUGCCGGCUACUUCAGCCGCCGCUUACCGAUCGAGCACCUCAGAGGAAGGAGACCAUGAUGAGCAAGUGUUGCACAAGAUGGAGGCGUUUGAGAGGGGGCUGCUGGAGGCAACAGAGGCAGAGCCAUGGCUGGAAAAAAAUCCAUUGCAUUGCCCGGCCUGCGGUCAGGUAGGGUGCAGUACGCGGACUUGGGGUUACUUCCUGGUUACUGCUCGGGGAAAUGCUGCGUUGCAGAAGCGGAGGGUCAGGGCGUCUCGGCUGGGGUUUCUGUGUCGUCCCAGCCAGCCGCCUCCUCAACCACGGGCACAGCCCCGGCGGCUCCCGCUGACCCCGGGGCGCCGUCGCAGCCGCCAUUUCCUCCGAGACAUGCAGUGGGAGGUCUGA